ACACUUUCUCUAUAAAUGGGGAAUUCGUCCAACAAAGGUUUGUCGAGAAAUGAAAUUCGACAACUGAAGAGAGAAUGCGAUUUUUCUGAAGCUGAAAUAAAAGAAUGGUAUGGCGAAUAUCAACAAAGUAAAAAGGGACGAUAUCUCACCGUUAACGAGUUCAAGGAUGUCUACUCUAAAAUGUACGGCUCAGACGCAGGACAGUUUGCUGAACAUGUCUUCAGAACGUUUGACUUAAAUGGGGACGGCAAGGUAGACUUUAGAGAGUUUUUGAUCGGACUGAGUGUGACGUCAACAGAUAACAUAGACCAAAAGUUGAAAUGGGCGUUUUCCAUGUAUGACGUGGACGGUGACGGAGCUAUCACACGGAAGGAAAUGCUAGACAUGAUGGCGUCUAUUUACCGAAUGACGCCAUUAAUCGUUAAACCGCCAGAUGUCGCUACGCCUGAAAUGAUGACAACGAAGCUCUUCGGAAACAUCGACGAAAACGGCGACGGCUCGAUAACUCUUGAGGAGUUCCGAACGGGAGCAAAGGCAGAUCCCCUAAUCCUCAAUAUGCUACAGUUGAAUCCUGAUCCCCAAUGA